GUACUACUUUGACAUUUGAAGUAUUUUGUACGACAUUUUAAUAUUUACAAGCAGAAUAAUACAAUAAUUAAAAAUGGGGUUGUCUAAAGAAGAGAAAAAGGCCAGAAAAGAGGCAAAAAAACAGGAAAAGUUAAGGCUAGAAAUUGAAGCUCGAAAGCAACUCAAACGCGAAGAGCUAAAUCGCGAGAUUGCUGCACAAGCCUUAAGACGCGGAGAACUUGAUAAAAGUUGGCGCGCGAUGAUGCUUAAAAUAAAAGAACCCGUAUUUAGACAAGAUGUCGAAGUCAUGUGGCAUGUCUUUGAAAGGGUUUUCGAUAAAAAAGAUCACUACAUAAAUCAUACCAUUAAGCUUAUGAACGUCGCUGAUGACCAGUUCCAACGAACAGUGGCUAGCUUUUGCGAUACAAUCGAUAGAAUGAUUAAUAAAUUUUUAGCUGACUUGGAGAACAUGUCAAAACAGAAUGUUGAAACAACUAGAGAAUUACUAAAAAGAGCUGAAGAUGAAGCAGCGAAAAUAAUGGCUGACCACACUGCAGCUGAAACACAUUUACAGCUCCUUCUGUACCAUGCGCACCAUAUAUCUGACACUUUAGCUUGGACUACAAGGGGUGAAAACAUGGUAAAAGCAGACGAAGACCGCAGCAAAUACUUAGAUGAACGAGAAAAAUUACGCUCUUUUCUUGAGAACAGUUACAAUGCAAUUUGGGAUGAAUAUAAGGCCGUGCUCAAGGCAUACGUUACGGGUACUGCUGAAAAUCAAAAAGCAGUACGUAAACUAAGGCGCAAGGAAAAUAUGAUGGCUGAUAUAAUUGCCUCUCAAGGAAAGAAAAUUGCUAACAGUGAUGGUAUGCUUAAAAGAUUACGUUUGGAAUUGAUGGCUUAUGAGUCUGGCACCAAACAGGCUGUGUUUCGAGAACGUCGUAACAGGCAUAGAGAAGCUUGUUUUCGUUUAAAACAUCAAAUGUACAAUGGAGUUGCUAUAGAUGUUAAACAGUUAGCUUUGUUGGUUAAAGUGUCUGAUGAUGCUGUAGAAUGGUUGGAAAAAGCUUUCCAAAAAGUAGAUAAAAUUUUGCGUAUGGCAGGGCUGUGUCGAAAGUUUGAGACACGACGGGAAAAAGUUCUACCUUUCGGUUCGGAUUUGCCUCAUUCUCCAACCGCAUCAAGAAUGAACGUUCGUAAACAACAAUCAGAUGACUCGUUGGUUUUAAAUGCAAUCACAACAACAAGUGGUUUGACAAGACUCUGGCACAGAAUAUCCAAAGCAGAAUUGACAAAAAGAGCACUAUAUCGUGAGAAACAGUUGUUAGAACAAGAAAACGCUCUUAUUUUAAGCAAGAUACAAGAAUACAGUGACAAAAAAAUGAAGAUCGACCCCGAGAAAUGUAUUUGCACAAAACCUAAUGCUGACCAGAAACUACUUUUGCAAAAAUCCGAGCAUCCGGUCGCUAUAGACGGAGGAUUAGAAGCAACGAAAGUGGAACGUCAAUCAAAAAUGAAUAUUUAAACGAAAGCUAUACAUGUAUAUUUAGAAAGAUGUAAAAAUAAUUGGAAUAUUUAUUAAACAUUCUUUUCAUGUUUGUGCAUCACGAUGCUCAUUAAACUCUUCCGUCGAAGUUAACAAUGACAUAACAUUUUGCAGUUUCACAGGAGUCCCAUGUGACGUUUAGGUAUUUCGUCGAUCACGGCACGGCGCAAGCGUCGCGCGCUUGUUGUAAUGACGCAAAACCCUUGCGAGGCGCAAACGAUGACACUUUGACAUUACCUACUUCUUUUAUUGUGGUUCAUGUAGAGGCUGGUGAGCGGAAAUAUAGUAUUGGCUCAAGUUUGACUAAAUACGUAGUCAAGAAAUACUAUUGACAAUACGAAUUAUGUAUUUACGAUUAAAGCUUCUGUGUAUUUUAAUUAUAAUUUAUGUUAGUUUAUUUUAAUUUUCAUUCAAUUAUGUUUGUUUAUGAUAUCAUUGGAAUACCUGUAGGUUAUUUA